AUGGAAGUAGCAUCAGGAAUACCCACAAGCUGCAGCAGCAGUGGGGCUGGAGCUGGAGAAGUGAGACGUAUUCAUAUCAUUUACUUUCUCAGCCAUAACUUGGGCCGUAUUGAUCAGCAUCCUCAUCUCAUUCGUGUCCAUCAUUCCAAUCGAAAAGGUGUUUAUCUAAGAGAUGUCAAGAGGUGGCUUGCGGACUUGCGAGGAAAAGACUUGCCAAAAGCCUUUGCUUGGUCCUAUAAGAGGAGAUACAAGAAAGGUUAUGUUUGGCAAGAUUUACUUGAUGAUGAUCUUAUUACCCCAAUCUCUGACAAUGAAUAUGUCCUCAAAGGAUCUAAAAUUUUAGUCCCUCCUGCUAAUCCCGUUGUUGGUAGUGCAGAUGGUGAAAAGCAAGAGAAUACUGGAGUUGAAUUAGUUGAAAACAAAGCACAGAAUCAUGAGCAACGCCCUUCACCAAACCAAAUUUGUAAAGACACUACCUCAAGAAAUACAUCAUCAACUGAGAUACCUAAAGAAUCACCUACAUUCAGCUCAGAGAUUUCAACAUUGACCGACGAUUCCAUCGAAGAAGAAGAAGAAGAAAAGGAAGAGGAUGCAUGCAAACGCAACGACUCUCGUGACCAAGAACAGAUAGACAAUAAGGUGGAACAUUCAUCUUUUUACACCAUUUUUCUGGGCAAGAGCAAGAAAAACCAAGACGAUAGGAAAGACAACACCAGCAGCAUCGAAAAGAUGGGCACCCCAAGUUCAUUCCCCUCUCCAUCAUCAUCACAAUCUACAUCUACAAAGAGUAAGAGCUACUCAACUGGAACAUCCAAGGUGCUACGUAAUUUGAUUACAUGUGGUGCUGUUGAUACAAAUGAUGCCGCAUUGGUUCUCCAAAGCCAAAAAAACAAAAAUAAAUACAAGCCAAUCGACAAGCCGGCUGGUCAUAUUUGUAAAGGUGAAGAACUUGGAGGGUCUGCCAGAGUUUUUGGUACUCCUUGGAAUCAAGUCCAACAACAACGGCAGCACAGUACUGCUAAUGCUAGCAGGAAAAGCUUUGACGGGGCGAGAAGUUCAAAGAAGCAGCAUAAUGGAUUUGGCAGUCCAAAAGUGGUUUCUUCCGUAUACAAGCCAGUGGCUGUACCCACCUGCUCGCAGUGUGGGAAGUCAUUCAGGCCAGAGAAAUUGCACUCGCACAUGAAGUCCUGCAGGGGAUUGAAGGUCCUGGCAAAAGCUGCUUCGACUUAUGUUGAGAAAACACCAUCACCUUCACAUAACCCAGUUGAUUCAGCAUCUAUGGAUGGCUAUUUCUUGACCAACUGAAUGUUCAGUGAUAGAUUUUCCGUAGUUUAUUCUGUCCAAAGCGUCAACUUCUUUACAACUUCCACUGUUAUUUGUGUAAAGGGGAUAUAGGAGGAACAUGUGGAAUGGCAUUUAAGAAAUGGAGAGAUUAUUAUA